AUGUCCACCUCUGCAACCGCAUCUUCGUCUUCAGCAACCUCCGCACUCGCUCAGUUCACCUCAUGUGAGCUCUCUGACGCGCUCAUCAAGCUUGGUAGUCCGCAUGGUGGACAUAUACCAGACCUCCGCCGUCAAUCUGCGUGGAACGGCAGUGCAGAUCAAAAGAUUUGUGGACCGGCGUAUACUGUGAGGAUGGUCCGCACGAGCGAGGCGGACGCUCCGAAGCCUGCCCAACAUUUCGUUGAUACCGCAGAGAAAGGAGCUGUCAUCGUCAUCGAGGCACCCCCUUUGACGAAGAACGCCGUCUGGGGAGGAUUGAUGACCGCUGGCGCCCAAACACGCGGAGCACUCGGCGUAGUCAUCUCAGGGCGUUGUCGUGACAUAGCGGAACAGAACGCAUUUCAAUUUCCUGUAUUCGCUCGUGGAACCUCAACUCUCGGUCAAUCGCCUUUCACACGUCCUUCGGCCGUUCAAGUACCUCUGGUAAUUGAAGCCGAGCCACAAGGCUGCGGAUUCCCCGCAAUCACCAUUAAUCCGGGUGACUUCAUUCUAGCAGACGAAGACGGCGUAGUCUGCGUCCCGGCCGACUCGGUCCCCGUCGUCGUGCAAAUUGCAGAGAAAGGUAGGGAGGCAGACGCGCGGUGUAUGGAAGACAUCAAAGCGGGUGUUGGUGUUCAAGUCAGUUUCAAGAAAUACAGAGGGAAAUAA